AGAUAUUAUUUUUUUAAAAUUUUAUUUAGAAUUUCCCUUCCUUUUCGCCAUCAAAUGGACUCCCCCAACCUCCACCGUCGUCUCCAUUCCACCAGCUUACUAGCAGGCUUCCCGCUCCAGCAAGGCGCAGAUCCCAUUUCCCUUUUGGCGACAAUGCUUCUUACUUGCAUGCUUUCGAAGCCCUGAUUAUAAUCCUUUCCGACGAUGAAGCGGUGGUCCGGCGGCAUCCUCAUCCUCUCCCUGGCCGUCUUCCUCCUCCUCCGUUACUCUUUUUCACCCAACUCUGCUACCCCCCGCCGUAUCUCAACUCGUAAACGCUACUCCUCUCCACCCCUUUCCAGUCUCACCCCCCUCAUUUCCUCCGCCGAAGAUACCGUUCCUAAUCCCACUCCCACGCUCGCUUGGCCCUAUCUCCUUUCCCUCCUUUCUCGCGCCGACUCCCUUCCCACAGCCGCCGCCGCAGCCCGCGAGGCCACCGCUGUCUGGAGCAACCUCGCGGCCGACAUCCAACCAAAACCCGCCAACGCAUCUGUGACCUCUUGUCCUUUCUCCGCCAUCGCUGUAAGCGGAAGCAAUGGCACGUUCCUCACAAUUCCUUGCGGCCUCACCGAAAACUCAGCCAUCAAUGUGGUUGCCAUACCCUCCGGCCCCUUCUAUAUUGAUCUCGUCGGAAGCGGAGCUCCGCCGCAUGUCGUGCUUCGGUACAACGUCAGCCUCGGCGAUUCAUCGACCAUUGCUGAGAGCUCAUGGACACCUGAACUUGGUUGGAUCGACUGGCAGUGGUGCCCGGAGCCUGAUGGUAACCUGAAAGUUGAUGAGCUUGUUCGCUGCAAUGUGCAUUCUGGUGAGAGUAUCCUUGAGGAUAGGCUGAACGGCAGUGUUGUUGAAGGAAAGAAAAGGAGUUCUCACAUGAGCAUCAACUUCCCCUUCACUGAAGGUCAAGCAUUCACCAGCACUUUGUGGGCAGGACUUGAUGGUUUCCACAUGACGGUGAAUGGGCGACAUGAGACCUCAUUCAUGUAUAAGGAGAGUCUUGACCCGUGGUCAGUGAGUGGAGUAAAGGUUGAGGGAGCUUUAGAGGUGUUGUCCUGUUUUGCAAAUGGCUUACCCUUCUUUGAAGAUCUUGCGUUGGUUGGUGACGUGGAGAAGCUCAAGGCUCCUAAGAUUGCAAAGCGCAGGGCGUUCAUGCUUGUUGGGGUGUUCUCAUCAAGUAACAAUUUUGCUCGGCGGCAGGCAAUAAGGAAAUCCUGGAUGCAGUAUGAAGCAGUUAGGUCUGGAGACGUUGCUGUGUGUUUCCUCAUCGGACUUCACAAGAGAAAGCAAGUCAAUUUAGAAUUAUGGAAAGAAUCGCAGGCCUAUGGAGAUAUCCAGUUGAUGCCAUUUGUUGACUACUACGGCCUUAUCACUCUGAAAACUGUAGCUAUCUGCGUUCUUGGGACGAAACUACUUCCCGCCAAAUACAUCAUGAAAACUGACGAUGAUGCUUUUGUGAGAAUUGAUGAGGUCAUAUCUGCUCUUAAGAAAAAUGAUCCCAAUGGCCUAUUGUAUGGUCUCAUCUCAUUUGAAUCAUCUCCCCACAGGGAUAAAGAUAGCAAGUGGUACAUUAGUGAGGCGGAAUGGUCUAAUGAUUCCUAUCCUCCUUGGGCUCAUGGUCCUGGAUACAUAAUCUCAAGAGACAUUGCCAAAUUUGUUGUGAAGGGUCAUGAAGGUGGCAAACUCAAACUUUUCAAGCUUGAAGAUGUUGCGAUGGGAAUUUGGAUUCAAGAGUUCAAGGAGAACGGUGGAAAGGUGAAUUAUGUGAAUGAUGAACGGUUCUACAAUGCUGGCUGUGAAUCCGACUAUGUCCUCGCUCAUUAUCAGGGGCCAAGGAAGCUAUUAUGCCUAUGGGAUAAGCUACAAAGAGAACAUGAGGCAAUCUGCUGUGAAUAGUAAACAACUUUCAAACUGUAAAAGAUCAAAUCUCAGGUUUUCGAGGGAGAGAAGCUGGGAAUAUAAGCCUGUCUCGUUGGACAGGCUUUUAGCUCUCAAACGAGAUUCUGAUGAAGAUCAACAGGUAUGGUGAGUAUCUGAUUUUUUUGUAUGAUUUGAUGUUUUUGACAUACAAAUUCACUUACGAAAAUUAAGAAUUUGGAAAGCCAAGCUGCAGCAUUAAUCGGAAGAGAAGCUGAUUGAGGUUUUGUUUGAGACAGUUUUCUUAUUGCUUUUAAAGCAGUUUUUUAUACAAAAAAUUUUAAAUUAUAUUACAAAUUGUUUUAGAAAGCAGUAAAAAAGCUGUAUCAAACGAAGCAUAAGUCUAAAUUUUUAUAUGGAACUGAAAAGGAAAAGUGAAGAGAUUAACAACUGCUUAGGUAAAAAUUCUGCAUUCGUCUCAUUUGUAACAGCUGUCAUAUUCAUUAUAGUUUUCUUAGAAGUUACAUUUA